AUGUCCGAGCAAGCUGCCGCGCAACUGGCGCCCGAACUGGGGCAUGAGAAGUUGAAGGUGGUGAUCUAUACUAUCCCAAUGAUGGGUCAUGCCCUGCCAAUGGUAAGCAUUGGGCGCACCAUGGCGCAACGUGGCCAUCAGGUGAUCUUUGCUGUCUCUGAAGGCCUUGGCAGCAAGCUGAAAGACUUGUGCAAGGCGGCCGGCAUGAGAUAUUUUGGCCUGUCGGAUGGUGUAACAUCUCCGUAUUUGAGGACGCAAGAUCCACUUGGACCUGUCUUUGAGGAGUUCCUGGAAGCUGAUCAGGCAGAUUUCGACGCCCUUGUGGAAAAGGAAAGCCCUGAUGUUGUCGUCUCUGACUACGCGAGUGGUGCGCCCUUCGACAUUUGCAAGGAGAAGAAGGUUCCUUUGGUACUGAACUAUGCCUUGCCUGGCACUAUUGUGAAAAGGAUGAGAAUCAUGAUCAACAUCCCUUUGCUAGGGAGAGUUGCACCUUACGUCAUGAGUGCCGACAUGAAACAUCCGCUCACCUUCAUCAACCAGCGCACGUUGCCGGUCUCCACUCGCACGCUGAACAUCGUGAACAGCUCUCCAGCCCUGGAUGGACCACUUCAACUUCCAGCCAACUACUUCGUCUCAGGACCUUUGGAUGGAUUCGAGAAAAGGGAACUGUGCCCAGAAAAACACGCGGAUUUGUUGACCUUCUUGGAAAAAGCACGAAGCGCACAGAAGCCGGUGGCAUACAUCACCACAGGAAGUUUGAUGCAACUGAGCCAAGAGCAAGUCCUUGCGUUGUAUGAAGGCUUCGCUGCCUGUGAUAUUUGGGUGGUAUGGUCUCUGAAGAAGGAUAAGCAACAGCUGCUUCCAGAGGAUUUGCCUGAGCAUUUCUAUGUGAACGCCUGGAUCCCGCAGCCUGAGCUCAUACAGCGCCCAGAAUUGUUGUGUGUUCUGACGCACUGUGGCUGGGGUGGCGCAUUGGAAUGCAUGUUGGCAGGCAAAGCGGUGAUUUGCUAUGCAGGCUUCGGAGAUCAGACUGAAAAUGCCACACUGAUGAAUGCCCGUGGCUGCGGACCAAUCGUGUCGGAGCCACCCAGAAGUAGCGCCAAGGACAUCCAAGCAGCGGUGGAGGAUGUGCUGGAGAAUCGGGAAAGCUAUUCUGCGAACGCCCAGAAAGUGUCUCAAGACCUCCGCGCGUCGCCAGGGCCCAUCGCGGUGGCCGAACGCAUUGAAGACGUCGUGAAGAAUGGCAUGGGUGACAUGGUGCCCCAGCCGUACCACCUCCAUGGACCGGAAGGCUGUCAGAUCCAGUGA